GGAGGCGUUGGCAUUCCGGGCGGCGCGCGGCUCCGCCCUCCACCCGCCUCCACAGUAAAUUGACCCGAGCCGGCGUGUAGGCUUGUGUAGUAAUGCGGAUCAUUCCGGGUGAGAGGAGGCCAUAGCGUCCUGCCCUGGCCUGAGCGAUGCUGAGAAGCUGCGCUACGCGCCUGCGCACUCUUGGGGCCCCGCCUGCGAAGCAGCCCGGAGCAGUGUGGAGGUUAUUUUCUUCUGAGAAAGUCAUUCACAAGGACUAUGGUCUCCCGAACCCCAGCUGGAGCAAGGACCUAAGACUCCUCUUUGACCAGUUCAUGAAGAAAUGUGAAGAUGGUUCCUGGAAACGUUUGCCUUCGUACAGACAAAAUCCUGUUCAAACCUUUAAAGAAUUUCAAACCCGUUUUGUUGACCCCGGGUCUGUUACGAAAGAAGAACAAAUGUCAAAGGCCCAACAGUUCAGCAGAAGCUUAGAGGAAGGCCUGGGCUUUGAGUAUGUGAUGUUCUAUAAUAAAGGGGAGAAGAGGAUGGUUUGCUUGUUUCAAGGAGGUCUUCACCUGCAAGGGGUACCUGGAUUUGUUCACGGAGGUGCCAUUGCAACCAUGAUUGAUAUCACUACUGGCAUGUGUGCACUUGCCGAGGGAGUUGCCAUGACUGCCAACCUCAACAUCGACUAUAAAAAACCUAUCCCCCUUUGUUCUGUUGUGGUGGUAAACAGCAAACUUAGUAAGACGGAAGGAAGGAAACUUUUUAUUUCCUGUGAUAUCCAGAGUAUUGAUGAGAAGACUUUAUACACAUCAGCAACAGCUUUAUUUAUAAAGCUGGAUCCUGACAAACGUUUGACAUAACAGAACUUCUGGUCAAGUCCACACUGUUCUGCAUGAGGUCCUCCUCCAGAAGCGGCACCUAUCUCCACUCCUGUCCCAGCUGCUGAAUCCCCAGGAGAAAGCCUGGCUCACAGACCCUUCAGGACAGCCUCUGAAAUACAGGGCUGCAGGAACUGUCCACCUUGCAGACUUUUUCAUAAGAAGCACUCCCUGAGAGAGUCUCCGCGGUCAUCUGUAUCCCUAGGACAGAUCUGUGGUCCUGAAGUGUGAACAGACUUCAGAGCUAACAAGCACAGCACCUGCUCCACUGCAGACGGCAGAAAGAAGACUGUAUUGAAACUUGUCCUGCAAACAUGGAAGUGGAGUGGGGUGUGUGGAGUGCACGUGUACAUAAGCACGUACUGUGUGUGUACUGUGUGUUACAAAGCGGGUUUGCUGUAUGUGAACAGACCUCUUUCUGGCCAUAGUAGGGAACACAGCUCCUUGCUAUGAGGAUGGAUCCCACACAUCUGUCAUCUGGGAUCCUAGAGAUUAAACCAUUGUUCAUUUUUACCUCAGCCUGUACUAUUGUACCUUGCAGCACUGUGGUUUGUCAUGACUGGAAGAAGGCUCUGUUAGCUCUCAGGGCCGAUAAUACAGAACUACAAGCUAGGUGGUUUAAACCAACAAAACUUCACUCUCUUAGUUCACUGGCCCAGAGGCCGGAAGUCUAGUUAAAGUAUUAAGAAAACCUUGCUCCUUCUGAAGGUCCUGGGUGGAAACUGUUUCCCAUGUCUCUCCUGGCUUCUACUAAAGAAGCCUCCAUCAUUCCUUGGUUUUCAGACACAGCAUGAUUUCCCAUCUUCUGUUGUUCCUGUAUCCAGAUUUCCCUUUGAAAAGGUUUAUUUCUCUCCCUCCCUCCCCCCCCUUUCUCUCUCUCUCUCUCUCUCUCUCUUUGUGUUUGUGUGUUUGUAUGUGUUCAGGUGCUCAAAUAAAUUGGGAGAGUAAUGUGCUAGAAAACA